CCAACUCAACUUCACAUUUUCAGUUUCUUGAUUAUUAUUACUCAUCUAAAUUUCAAAUAAAAACUUGAUUGGUUAAUUGGAAAAUGGGUACCGGUAAGGUAGAGACUGAUGUAGAGCUCAAGGCUUCUGCUGAAAAGUUUCAUGAAGUGUUCUGCGGCAGACCUCACCAUAUUUCCAAUGUCUCCCCUGAUAAGAUUCAAGGAGUUGAGCUGCACGAUGGUGAGUGGGGCAAGGAGGGUUCUAUCAUCUGCUGGAGCUAUGUACAUGAUGGGGAGGCCAAAAUUGCAAAGGAGAAAGUUGAGGCAAUAGAUCCAAAGAACAACUCGAUCACUUUCAGAGUUAUUGAAGGGGACCUGCUGAAGGAGUACAAGAGUUUCAUUGUCAAAAUUGAUGUAACUCCAAAGGGAGAGGGCAGUGUAGCACACUGGACAUUGGAAUAUGAGAAGCUGAAAGACGAUGUUCCACAUCCUGAGACGCUGCUUGGGUUUUGCUCUGAAGUCUCCAAAGAACUUGACAACCAUCUCACCAGUACUCAGGCAUAAUAUAUAUACACUUCUGCUUGAAUAUUGAGUGCUGCUACCUAGUAUAUCCUUAAUAAGGACAGUGUCAUCAUGUCCUUGGAAUGUUUCAGUAGUGGUAAUGCAACGUGUGUGUGUGCGCGUGAAUUUAUGUUCGGAAAAGUAUAAUAGGUUUGUUAUGUAUAUUUGCAAGUUGUUGUAAUACCCUUUUACAUGUAGUAGAAGGUCUUGAAUUUUCGAUUUAUCGUUUGCUCUAUUUGGGGUCAUAAUUAACAUUAUGGGGCUGG